ACUCAAGUUCCUUAUUGUUCACCCACAUCCAUAUACAGGUGCACAGUGCGCUGAAAAAACAUGUCUGUGUCUACAGCUCAGGCACUGUGCCAGCUCUCAGCUGUGUGUGUGUGUGUGUGUGUGUGUGUGUGUGUGAGGGAGAGAGAGAGAAAGGCGUCUGGUCUGAGCGACUGGAAAACCGCCACUGGAUUACGGUCAAAGGUCCCUGUAACGGGCGGCAGUUGGCUCUGCCUGUGUCUGGCCGCCUUCCCCCUGCAUGGUGCCUGCUGUCGUGUGUCCUGUCACGUCUGCGCUGACACGAGCUGCGUGUUGCGCUGUCCCGAUUGCAGCCGCCGCUCUGACGAGGGGGUUUCUGUGCGGGAUGAUGGCCGAGGAGACCUGCGGUCUGGACUGCUGGGGGUGGACUGUCCUAUCCAGCUACGAGGGGGAGCCCCGGGCCGCUGCCUUCCGCUCACCCAGCAUGUCACGCCGGAGCCUGCGCCUGCACACGCCGGGGGGGCGCUAUGGCGACGACAGCCUGGCCGACCUCUCCCUCAGUUACUGCGGGGAAACCAGGACGGUUCGGAGCCGCAAAGAGCAGCAGCAUCAGAGCUCGCAGUCUGUCCUGCUCAUGCCACACAGGUCCCUGCCAGGCUCUGCGCUGCACACACAGGGCAGUGUGCACAGCUGCGCAGCCAGCAACGCCUCCCUGCUCUCCAGCCUGCUGGACGAAUCCUGCGUCCAGGAGCGAACGCUGUUCGACAGCUUCUGGGGUGAGGAUGACGAUGUAGAGAUCAGAGACCGCGGCCUGCUGGACCAGCCUGACAUUCACACAGCGCAGACGCAGACCUCCAUGCUGAUUGGCCACUUCGGUGAUGACUGCGCCGUGCAGAGAGAAAGGCAGGAUAUUCUCUCUGCCCACUCCCCCUCCCUUCACUCUGCCCACACCCAUGAGGACACUGCAGCCUCUGCCCCCGGCCCCCCCGCUUCUACGCUGUACUGCCGGAAACACAAGCCAGGUGUCCUGGCGUCGUCCUCGGAUGCCUGUCUGCGGCGUGGCAGGUGGCUGGCCGUCUCGGCCGCCUCCGUGCUGACGCUGCUGGUGCAGACCGUUUUGCUGAAGGUGCAGACAGAAGGCAAAGGAGUCCUGGGCUCCCUCUGCCGUGCCUCCCUGUGGUACAGCAAGAGCGCCGCCGCCUCCGCCGUGUCCCUCGCCUCCCGCCUCGCCUCCCGCCUCGCAUGGGGAGCAGAGCUGAAGGCCCCUCGGCACGGUGCCAUUGCACAGGAGGGAGGUGACGACUGCAAAGGGAAGCAGCAGCCAGUGACACACAUCCCUGUCACCCGGUCCCCUGUGGUGACUCGCCUGGUGGAGGCGCUGUGGUGCAUCGUUGUUAACGCAGGCUACGUUCUGCUCUGCGUGCUGUGGACGGCGACCUGGGCAGCCUACAUUUUGACCCGGUUGGUGCUCUCGGUCCUGUGGUUUACAGUACGGUCUCCAGGGAGCGCAGCUUCGGGUCUGCUGCGGUGGCUGGGGGUUGGCUGGUACCAGCUCAUCGCCCUCAUGUCUCUGCUCGACGUCUUUAUCCUGACAUGGUGCCUGCCAAAGCUGUACAGACUCAUGCUGCUGCUGCUGCCUUUGUUACUGAUCCUGGGGUUAUGGCAGCGGGAUAGUUACAGCCUGCUGGUGCUGGAGGCCCCCAGACAGGAGGAGAAGGUCAGCGUGGGAGGGGGCCACACAGCCGACGGGCGGGCGGAUGCGGGACGCCUCGGCCUGCUGGAGAACCACAUCAGCCAGCUGUGGGAGAGUGUGCGGCGUGGCGGAUGGCAAAGCAGGCGGCGGCAGGAGCGACUUCAGACUCAGGGCCAGGACCUAGACCGUCAGCGCACCCUGCUGGAGCAGCUGGAGCGGCGCACGGACCCGGCUGCCCUAGGGUCCUGGGUCUCUGAGCUGCUGGAGCAGAAGCUGGGAUCUCUGAGGGAGGAGCUGUCGAGCAGGGAGCUGGGAGAGCAGCUGCGGACGGAGAGGCCUACAUUGCAGCAGCGCAAUACUGCAUCUCGCCUGACUCAUCUGGAGGCGCUGCUGCGAAACCUUGAAGCCAAGACAGAGGACGUAUUACAAAGACAGGUGUCUGUGACCCCUCCUCCUGUAAGCGCACCUGUCAGCACAGACAGCGAGGCCCACCACAGCCUCCUGGAGAAGGUGCAGAGGCUGGAGGUGGAGCUGGGCCGCCUCCGGCAGGACCUGCAGGGGGCGCUGGAAGCCCAAGAAAGGUGUGAGCAGCUGGAGACUCUGCAAAACGGGGUGUCUGCGCAGGUAAAGCAGGAGCUGCGAAUGCUCUUCUAUGGCUCUGAGGGGGCAGCUCGGGCUGACGUGCCUGUGCCCCUCUUGCCGUGGCUCUCUGCGCAUUUCACAAGGGGCUCUGACCUGCGGGGGGCGCUGUCCGCCCUGGAGCACAGCAUCCUGAAGAACGUCAGCCUGUGGGUGGAGCAGAGCGAGCGGCCGCCCUGUGUGCAGACGGCGUCCUGCGCCGUGGCCGGCGGGCAGGGGACCGCCGGCGUGUCCAAGGAGGAAGUGCAGCAGAUUGUACAGAACGCGCUGAGACUUUACUCUCAGGACCAGACGGGCUUGGUGGACUACGCCCUGGAAUCCGGAGGUGGCAGCAUUCUGGGCACCCGCUGCUCAGAGACCUACGAGACCAGGUCUGCCCUCAUGAGCCUGUUCGGACUGCCGCUGUGGUACUUCACCCAGUCGCCCCGCGUCGUCAUACAGCCUGAUGUCCACCCGGGGAACUGCUGGCCCUUCAAGGGCUCCAAGGGCUUCUUGGUGAUCCGCCUGUCUCGGAAGAUCAUCCCCACGGCCUUCUCCCUGGAGCACCUCGCCAAGGCCCUGUCCCCGCUUGGAAACCUCAGCAGCGCCCCCCGCCAUUUUGAGGUCUAUGGCCUUGAGAAUGAGCUUCAGGAUGAGGGAAUCCUCUUGGGGAAGUACACCUACGAGGAGGACGGCGAGUCACUGCAGACCUUCCUCACAUCGGAGCAGAUCGAGCAGGCCUUCCAGAUCAUCGAGCUGCAGGUGCUCUCCAACUGGGGUCACCCAGAUUACACCUGCCUGUACCGCUUCAGGGUGCACGGGGAGCCCAGCGCCCAGUGAGGAGGCGCAGGAAGGCCCACACUGCCCUGUCUGUCAGCACUGGAAGCUGCUUUAACAUGUAACGAGGGAAAGGAGUUCAAACUGGAGGGCAGCUGCAUUAACAGACACAUGCCGUCACUGCACUGUACCCCAGUCCUGGAUUUGACACUUGACUCGCUGUAUAUUGAAAGUGGGAAUUAGCCCUUAUGUCUGCUAAAGGCUAUUCUUGCCUGGCCUCUGCCCUGGCUUGCAUUGUACAGGACUGGCCGUGGAAGCAGUGCCUUGUUCCUUUUCUGACUCUAGCUGCUUCUUGCUGGAGCUUUUCUAUCAUAUCUUGGACAUGGAAGUGCUAAAUCCAAAGCACACAGCAGCUGUGUGUUAAAAGUUCUGUAUGGACUGGACACCCCCCCCCCCCACAGUUCUCCCCCAACUCACAAUGGCGACAGUUUUGCAGCCAGUCAGCUUCCCUCAAUACCAGUAUCCGUACCUCAUACCUCAACACCACCUGCCAAGCACUGUGGAGUGUAAAGCCUCUAACCCCGAUGUGUGUGGCCCUGUCUGCAUGUUGGCCUGUUGGUUCAGCACCUCUGCUGGACACCGUGUGUCUUGAGAUCUGGCUCCUUCACACUUGCCUUGCUGUGGGAGUUGGUGCAUUAAUAGUUCCAUUCAUUAACAUCGGUGCUGCUUUAAGAUUCACUGCCAUGUCAUUGCAGUUGUCACCGUUUAAAGUAAGAAUGUUAGAGGUUUUCUGAACUGGGUCUUGAGUUGUAUUAUAUGUGUUUUAUAGAAUCAUAUUCAGCCUGAACUGUUUAUUUUAUGAGUUCUUUCUACAAAAAUGUGGGCUUGAUAGACAUUUAUAAAAAGUAAAUUGUGUCAUCUAAUUUAACUUUGAAAACAUACUUUUAUUGUGCAUCUCCUUGUUUAACGGACACAAAUAAAACUGAACUUUUUGCAUUUU